UAUGACAUCCCAGUGAACUUAGAAGUUGCAGUCCGUUCGAAGCAGUCGAUUCGUAUUUAUAUUUGAACUAACCAGGAACCAAACCGGGUCUCUCAAAACUAAAAAAUGGAUAACGAAAUCGAUAAAGUCGAAAAUAAGCUGAAGGCGUCUCUGCAGAUGUGCAACCUGAACCGCAAGGACGGGGAUGAUUUUGCCGAAUUCGAGGCUACUCUUGCAAAGAUCGAUAGUAUAUUGAACAACAAAGGCCCCCUGGAAGAUGAUUCGCAGGCAGACAAUGGAGCAGGUGGCGAGCCCAAGCAAAAGAUCGACUUUGACAAACUGGACGUGGACAAAGUGCAUCUAAAAGUGCGCCAAAAUCGCACAGUGAUUAACAAGAAGCCCACCGAGGAGGACAAUAAGACUCAGCCCAAGGUGUUGGACCAGCAGAGCUUCAUGGAUCAGGUGGAACGGGAUGCCAACGAUCGUGCCGAGGCGCGUGCCAAAUCCGAAUACGAGGCAGAGCUAGAGAGAGCUCAAGGAAACGAAGCCUUUCGCAACGAGAAAUACGAGAAGGCUAUUAUCCACUACGAAAAGGCCAUCAUUAAAGUCAAGAACAGUGCUAUAACCUACAACAAUCGCGCCUUGUGCUACAUCAAACUUUGCAAUUACAAACGCGCCCUAAAGGACUGUCAACACGUGCUGGAGAACCUGCAGGAGACUAAUCUUCGUGCCUGGCUGUACCAGGCCAAUGCCUAUAAGCAUUUAAACCAGGUGGAUAAGUUCGAGGAGAGCGUGGCCAAGGCACGUGAACAUAAUCCGAAUCAGCUGGCCUACAUUGACAAGUACAUCAAGCAGUUGGAUGACGAAGUUGAGAAGCAUUAGAAUUAAUUUAUUUGUUUAUAUCAUACUCACUCAGCAUAAGCAUCACGCCCAGAAAAGAGACACACGAAUAAAGGAACGGCAGGUGAACACUGCCUAAAUCUGUGAAGCGUGAAAA